AUGAAAGCCUUUGAUAGAGUAAACUGGAAGAAACUGAUGGAAAUAUUGAAGAAGAUUGGAGUUGAUUGGAAAGAUCGAAGGCUCAUCAAGAAUUUGUAUCUAAAUCAAGAAGCUAUUGUAAGAGUGGCAGACGGAAUGUCAGAACCGGCAGUAAUUGGGCGUGGAGUAAGACAAGGCUGCCUGCUUUCGCCGUUACUAUUUUCAAUCUACGCUGAAAUGGUGAUGAUAGAAGCGAUGGAAGAUGUCAGUGCAGGAAUCAAAGUUGGAGGUGAACUACUGAAAGACGUAAGGUUUGCAGACGACCAGGCAAUGGCAGCCAGCUCAGAAGAAGAUUUGCAGAAGUUGAUGGACUCACUUGUUAAAUCUAGUGAAAAGUUUGACAUGAAGAUUAAUGUUAAGAAGACGAGGACGAUGGAAACAGCUGUUUCAAAAUUCGAAAAGUUAGCUGUUAGUACGGAUGAUAAACUUGGAUUAAAGUAUUUAGUAUCAAUAUUAUUAUACAUCUAUCUUUGUUCUAAAUUAUACGAAUAUUUAGAUAUAAUAUUUGUUGUAUUGAUGCGUGGAACAAUAAGUCGACAUUUUCGUGUUCAUCAUUUAUCAACAUUAAUUGUUACGUGGAUAAGUAUUUAUUCAAUAGAACACCAUUUAAUUAAUCUAUCCUGGCUAAUUAUUCCAACAAUUUUAUUGAAUACUUUUCAUCAUAUAAUAUUAUAUUUGUAUUUAUCAUUAACGGAUAAAACAAUGAAUGGAAUCAAUUAUAAACUUAAACUUGGCCAAUUAUUACCAAUAACAGGCUCAUUACAGUUAGUCAUGAGUUUAAUAUCAUCGAUCUAUAUAAUCAAUCAUUUACACGGUCAAUUAAAUUAUAAUCAAAUUUUAAGCCAACUAUUUGUUUUAAUUAUGUUUAUGACUUACUCGUGGCUUCAUUAUCAAGAUGUAAAGCUGUUUAUAAAACAAAAACAUACAUAA